GACUCAUAAUCUCAAACCCCCCGGUUUCUUUUUACCUUCACCUACUUUACCUGUUUUCAUUGAAACACAUCAUGCCUCAAGGAUCCAUGAAAGCUCUCUGGUACAGUGAGCCCAGGAACUUCGAGGUCAAGCAAGUGCCUAUUCCCCAGAAUCGCCUUUCACCCUUCUUAUCACGCUCUAUACGGUUUCAUGUUGUGGUUCGUAAAGUUUUAGUUUCGCGCGUCGGCCAUCGGUUCUGCAACUCGUCAAUGACGAUCUUAUCAGGCGUUUGCGGCACUGACGCUCAUAUUCAUGAGGGUGAAUUCAUCUCAAAAUUCCCGUUGAUUCCCGGUCAUGAAGCCAUCGGAACUAUCACUGAGAUGGGCAAAAAUGUAACGGGCUUCUCUAUCGGAGACCGAUGUGUAGCUGAUGUCGGUAUUACUUGUGGAAAAUGCUUCUACUGCAGGCGUGGUCAAUCACUACUUUGCGAAAACUUCAAUUCCCGUGGUGUCACCCAGGAUGGUGGCUUUGCUGAAUACAUUCUCUACCACCAGAGCAAGUUGUACAAGAUACACAAUCUCUCCGAUGAAGAGGCUACUCUUCUGGAACCUGCAGCUUGCGCUAUUCAUGGACUCGACAAACUCAACCCGGCUGUCGGUAUUGAAGUCCUCCUCCUUGGUGCAGGCCCCACCGGUCUCAUUCUUGCUCAACUCCUCAAGCUCAAUGGCGCUUCCCGCGUCGUCAUUGCUGCCAACAAGGGUAUCAAAAUGGAUAUUGCCAAAGACCUCCAAGCGGGCGACGAGUUCAUUGAGCUCGACCGACAGAACCCCGGAGCUCAAUGGGAGAAGCUGAAAAAGGACAACCCCUACGGCUUUGACGUCGUUGUUGAAGCUACAGGUGUGGAGAAACUUGCGAACGAUGCUAUCAACUACGUCAGGAGAGGAGGUACUCUGAUGAUAUAUGGUGUUUACGAGAACAAGGCUGUGGUUCACUGGCCACCAUCCAAGAUUUUCGGUGACGAAAUCAGAAUCAUCGGUUCCUUCUCGCAGACCUUUUGCUUCCCUCGUGCUGUUGCCUACCUCGAUAGCGGUAAGGUCAAGGUCAAGGGCAUGGUUACCGACGUGUACAAACUCGAAGACUUCCAGGCUGCUCUCGAUAAGAUGAAGAGCCGUGGAGCGUUGAAGAUUGCUAUCAAACCUUAGAGUUGUAUCAAAAAAGAAGAAUUCCACCGAAUGUAUUCAGCGCUCGCAUGCAUGUAUCAUACACGUCGCGUAAUUGUAGAUCUAGUUGCAAAUAUUUUAUUUUUACAUGCAA